UUAUUGUCCGCGGUAUUUACGGACAUACGACCUUCAAACCUUCAACAAAAAGAGUACCCUUUCCCAACUCUUCUAUCGUAAAAGCAGGCAAAUCGCUUGCAACUCCUCUGGUGUUACAGUUGUUGGUCUGCUCGUAUGCCUCCAAUAUCAUAAAAAAAGUUGUUUGCAGGUGGUGUACGUGUCAGCGCUUCUAAUCAUCUCCCAGCUGCUGUACGUGGUGUACAUGGGCGAGUUUGCUAAUAUCGUGCAUUAUGCAUCUUUCCGUGCCUUCAGCUACUACGCCAAGUUUCUGGAGCUUCAGGACUUUCUAAAGAAUAAUCGCGUCUCACCAGCACUGAUCGCUCUGGUGAACAAGUACGCAGUGCUGCUGUGGCGAGACGCGCGAGGAGAGCAACUGCCUCAGUUUCUAGCCGACGCACCUCUCUGUCUCAAGUUGAAAGUCAUGUGUCAAGCUUAUAAAGAUGUUGGAGAUCAGGUAAAAAGAUAAUUGUAGGGCAUGAUGCUUAGAGCUAUUAUGACGGCUUCCUAUCCUAGUUGGUAGUAACAAUGCAUAAUAUUUAUGGUUUACGAAGGAAUUAAAAAUCACAUUAUUUAGGGCUUAUUGCCAAACCUUCUACACCAGCAGCCUGUGGGUGAGUCAUACGUGGCGCACAUACAAUACUCUAUACACCGUGUUUUUAUUGAAUUGCGUUAACUCCGGGGUUUCGGUAAGUACGUUUAAGGAAACUAAAUGGCACAGUUAAUUUUGAAAAAAAAAAUUUUUUUUGUUUUUUUUUUUACAAUUUUUAUAUUUAUAAAAAGUAACUAAAUGUUGCAUAUAGCGUUGUUGUAACAUGGGCAUUACAUUUAACUCAACCAAACAAUUGAAAACUGUGAUAUAUCAAUGUCAUUUCUAACAUCGAUCGUCCGAGAUAGUACGUACGUUUAGUAGCAAAUGUAUGUACUCGCACUAAACACUAAUCAAUAAGUAAACUGGCCCUAAGGCAAGUGUACACGCUCGUAAGGGCCUUAUAAUAUAAAAAAUUAUGAUUGAUUAUCUCCGAAAUGGAGUUAAUUAGAAUAUCGGUGUCUUUGAGAAAAUUACUUAAUUUAAGCUCAGGAAUGCACCCUCGAAAUUAACGCAAAUCAAAAAAAACACGGUGUAUAAUAACAUAUUCAGGAUGCUGAUGAAGCCGCCGCGACGCUGCAGUGCGUCAGGUAUGUUCGCAGAGGCGCGCACUGACGGAUUUUAUGUCGUCAGAAGGGACAGAGUAAGCGGCACUGCUGAACAGAGUAAGCGGCAGCUCCAAUACCAUCCUAAGCAUGUUCGCUUAGCGCUUGGACUGCCUCAUGACAAAACACUGGGUAGAAAUCAUCACUGGCCAAACAAAGUAAUGAUUUCUACCUGGUGCCACUAAUAAUUAUUUAAUUUAUAAUCAAGUACUCACAAAUUACAACAUUGUGCUUAACAGAAAGCCUUAACCUUUGUGUGUAUCCAUUAGAAGCAUUAGAAGCAAAUAGCUUACGGACUAUUUUAUGUAAGAUCUUUAUUUUAUCGUAGCACCCGGUAUUCAAGAGCUGCGAGCCUGCUCUACUCCGCCACAUGGUCGGCUAUCUCCGACAGUACUACUACGAUGGAAAUAUGUACGUGGUGAAGCAGGGUGAGAUCACCAACUCGAUGUACCUCGUACACUCCGGCGAGGUUCAGGAGAUCAGCGAGAACUAUGAGGAUUACGAGGACGAAGGCGAGAAACGAAGGAUCUUUACCGCGGGAGAGUACUUUGGCAUUGAACAAGGACUAAUUCGUGACAAGCCGUAUGACUAUUCUUACCGAACAACGAGCAAGUCCCAAGUUCUGACGCUACUCUUAGACGACUGGGAGUAUCUUUUGCAGCACUUCCCAGACAGCAAGAAGCUGAUAGAUGACUAUCAGAGUAGUCAUCGUGGCAAGGACGAUGCACCCCCACCUCCGCCCCCUGAAGAAAGUUUUACCCUUGGUACUCCGGGCGGCUCAGAAACGGACCUAGAGGAACAAUGGGGUCCAUCAGAUGGACCUCCAGGGAGUCCAGAUGUACCUCAAACGGGCCCAGAUUUACCUCCAGGUACACCGCCGGUUAUGAGACCGGGCGAACCAGAAGAUCCAACCAGCAAGACAGCCCCUCUGAUUGAAAUAAAACGCACUAUUUACGAGUAUCCUGAGUCUAAAGAACCCGAGCUAGACGAACCCGAUGUGACUGAUGGUCUUGAAGGAACAUCGAAAGGUAAGUCUAAAACGGUGAAACUAAGAGACGAAAUAAAAGCGUCUUCAUUUUCACGAGACCCAUCGAAUGAAGUUAUGGGCGAGAAAAUGAAAUCAGCUCUUAAGAUUUCUGACAAACCUAUGAGAACUGAAACGUCUGUUAAAUUUCGAGACGAACCUCUUCCCACUAGCAGCUCAACGCAACUCUUUGAACGUAUUCGAAACGCAGCAAAAGCCGUAGACAAAAAGCUGGCGACUCAAAGCAUUCGUGGCAAUGACGACACGCCAUCACCAGAAUUAAUCAAAGAGUCGGGAGCCGUUGCACCACAUCACAGCAUCGAGGAAUACUUAGCUUACAAGUAUAAAAUGCGUGAAUCGUAUCAAUACCGCCCCAAAAUGGAAGAUGAAGAUCAAAUUGACUCCGACGUUAGAAUGAGCCCUAGUCGUCGAAUGCGGGUGAAAUACCCAAAGCAAAUACAAAGCUCGAUUCACGAUGGUUCUGGCAGGGAGCACUUCAAGCAUUCACAGCUAGCAGAGUCUAUAUAUCGUAUCCAUUCACCAGAAAGUCAAAGUGCACCCGUUUUGAAUCUUGAGAGACCUUUGGGUGAUCACACUCCAUCUAACGUUUCGCUCAUUGGGGUAACACCGGCGGCCUCUGAUGAAGACAUACAGCCAAGAAAAAUUCCGUCUAAUGUAACUCGAGAGGACUCUCAAACACCAAUGACUUCAAAACAAACCAUGCUUCAAAACGAAGCUGAACCCAAGAAUGCGGACACUGAUCAAUCUAAUGAUGGAGGAAGCAAAGAACCCGAGAAAAAACCGAAGGAUGCUCAUGUAACUAGGACGCCUGCAGUCACUGAACUUCUUGCGUUACCCGCUCCUUAUGACAACUUAAUGCAACAGCCAUCAAUAAUUCCCGAAGAAUUCCUGAACAUAGCAAAACCAGAGACAUCUCAUGAUAAUGAUGCGACUCGAACGGCCUCUGCGGAUGGUUCCGUCGCUGUACCAAAACUGCUUGCGUUACUACCCGCGCCUUCAUCUGAAUUGCGUACGCCUGCGAAAGAUGCAGUGCCUGAAAUUGCCCAAGUCGCAGAAAUUGAUACUGAACGUGAUCCAUCAUCUAUCACAUCAAUGCAUCUUUUACAAGAAGACACGCCAACGCCUAUAAUUGCGCCCCCAGAAGAUCAAGCAACUGAUCUUAAAGCAUUGACAGAGGCUGAAAUGCUUGACUCUGCAGCACCAACUAACAAACACUCGCAAUCCGAUGAGGCUUUGAAUAUGCCUAAAGAGAAACAAGUAGAUGGGAGUGUUGAGUCAGAAUCAGAGGGAUCAAAGACUGGUGCGCACAAGUCAGAGGAUCAGAACAACUCGGGUGAGGAAAAGACUGAUCAGGACAAAGCCACAGAUAAUAAUGACAAGGAACGCAAGGAGAAAAAAGACUAACCCUUUGAAUGCCUACCUAUUUUGCGCGGCGCGUCAUCGUGAACCUUGUCGGAAUGCACGCGAAGGUUGAUCUUCCUAAGGCAGUUUGACUUAUUCGGACAAGUGGAUCUUUUAACACGUAACAAUAAUUGUUGUGAACCGGCAAGCAUAUUCUUUUGAGAUAUUGAAGAACGAGGAUUUAGAUUUGAUCAUAACCGUAAUUGAAGCUUAAGCAAUUAAUUUCAUUGUUCAUAAGCUAGAGUUUUUUUAAUGAUUACUUAGGUAUAGAUUUAGUUACUUAGUUCCAACAUUUCACUAAAACAGAAUGAAACACGAAGUAUAUUUUAUUGUUGAUAUUUUAAUUGAAGUGUCUGAGGGUAGAUAAUCAUCAUUUUGGCGACGGCAAACGUAAGGUUGGUGAAAGAGAGCACAGAAAACAUAACAUCAUCACCACACCUUCAUAUUCUUGCAUCUUUGGUGUAUUUGAAGUUGUUUAUAAAGUCUCUAUUUCGUAUAGUCCCUAAAGGGGCCCAUUGAUUACCAGUUCACCGAACGAUAUC